GGAGCUCAGGGCAUGGCGGGGCCCCUGCGGUGCCGGGUGGAGGAGCUGAAGCGGCAGCGGUGGCGGGAGAGCUCGCCGCGGGUGCUCCAGCACAGCGAGGCCGCCCGGCUGGCGGCCGAUGCCCUCCUGGAGCGGGGUGAGGCUGCCUACCUGCGGGUCCUCUCCGAGGAGCGGGAGCUGCCCUUCCUGAGCCCUCUGGAUGUGGACUACAUGACCAGCCAUGCGCGCGGGGGCUCUGAGCUAGGCGAGGCCCUGGGGCCGGGGGCUGCCGGGCCUGACCCCCUCAGCCUGCUCUCCGAAGUCACCUCCGGCACUUACUUCCCCCUGGCCUCCGACAUAGACCCCCCGGACCUGGACUUGGGCUGGCCCGAGGUGCCACGGUCCACGGGCUUCAGGCCCACGCAGGCUGUGAUCCACUUCCAGCGGGACAAAGCCAAGAGCAUCAAGGACCUUCUGCGUUUCCUCUUCAGCCAGGCCCGCACGGUGGUGGCUGUGGUAAUGGACAUCUUCACCGACAUGGAGCUUCUGUGUGACCUCAUGGAGGCCUCGGGCUGGCGUGGUGUCCCCGUCUACCUGCUUCUGGCCGAGGAACACCUGAGGCACUUCCUGGAGAUGUGCUACAAGAUGGACCUCAAUGGAGGGCACCUACGGAACAUGCGUGUGCGGAGCACGUGUGGGGACACAUACUGCAGCAAGGCAGGCCGCCGCUUCACGGGGCAGGCCCUGGAGAAGUUCGUCAUCAUUGACGGUGAGCAGGUGGUGGCAGGCAGCUACAGCUUCACCUGGCUUUGCAGCCAGGCCCACACGAGCAUGGUGCUGCAGCUGAGGGGCUGCAUCGUGGAAGACUUUGACCGGGAGUUCCGCUGUCUCUAUGCCGAGUCCCGGCCCGUGGAGGGCUUCUGCGGAGGUGAAGAUCCCCUGUCUCCCAGGGCACCGUGCCCUCCCCCAGUGGCCCUGGCCUUCGGGCCCGGCAUCCCCAGCACCACAUCCUUGUCACACUCCAGCACCAGCCCCAGCAGCAUCAAGUGCUCACCUCACAUGGGUCAUUCCUCCUACCCCGCUCUGCCAAGAGGCGGCAGCUGCAGUGACAUGGCUAUGGGAUCCUCCUCCCCGGGCCCUGCCCGCUGUGGGGCCGAUGGCCAGCCCUCCCUGCAAUGCCAGCUGUCAGACCCUAACCACGGCCCCCUGCUUGGGCCCUACAGGGCCAACCUGAGCAAGCUGGGGGCGUCCCCCUGGUGCCAGUCCUCCGCUGCCCUCAACCCCAAUAGUACCAGCCCUGUGACCCUGGAAGGGGGGUCACCUCUGCUUGUUCGCCCUCGCCCCCUCCUCUCCUUUCCCCGGGGUGUCUCAGCUCUGUCCCGGCUUCCUGGGGUCACAGGAAGCCAGGAGCCUAGCCCCCCACGAGGCCGCUGGGUACCCGGCACAGCCCUGGAGGCAGCGGAGGAGAAUAAGGUGUCUCUGAGUCAGAGCCAUGGCCAGCUGGAUCUCCUCGUCCCCUUCCCCAGGGCACGAGAAGCAGGAAGCCCUGAUUCUGGGGUGACCCCCAACUCAGGCUCCCUUUGGCCUAGUGAGCAGGCCUCAGGGGACAGGAGGUUGGCCUCAAAUCAGAGAUACAACCAGCUGGAUCUCCUGCCCCAGGCCCAGGAUGCCAGGGGUCCCCCUGAGUCAGGUUCUCCCAGGCCUGGCAAUCGGACCCCAGAGGACAAGAGGCUGUCCCCAAACCACAGCCAUGGCCAACUGGACCUCCAGGUACAGUCCCCCAAGGCUGGGGGCUCCAGAGUGCCCCCUGAAGCCAACUCCUUGGCCAGGCCUGGCAAGCAGGGUCCAGAUGAACAACGGCAGACCCUGGGACACAGCCAGCUGGACCUCAUCGUGAAGUUUGGCCCAUUCCGGGGUGAGGGGCCUGGGCCCAAUGAUCUCCCCAGACCGAGCCCUGCCAGAAAGCCUGGAGUGGACUCUGGGGAUGAGAAGCGGCUGACUCUGGGCCACAGCAAGCUGGACCUCAUCACCAAGUAUCAUAAGUUACAGGGCACCAGGCAGGGACCUGAGCCUGGCCUCCCCAGGGACCCCACAGGUGGCCAGCGCAAUGGCAGUAGCAAUGGCCUGUCUGGGGAUGAGAAAUGGCUGACCCUGGGCCACAGCAAACUGGACCUCAUUAUUCAGUACCACAAGUCCAAGUCCAAGCUGCUCCAAAGCCGCUUUGAGUUGUAG